GUACCCGCCGUUGCAGUUUCAUAACCUAAAUCUUUUCUCUCCUAUAUCGUUUAAAAUAAAUUAAGUUCUAAAAUUACUUUACGAGUUUCUGUGGUUUCUUGAAAAAUGGAGUUUGUUGAUGCGGUGCCGAUAACUUUCAAAGAAAUUACCCCGACUAGCAACGUACCUGAGAAAUGGAAGGAAGUUAUUCUAAACACAGGCGGUACACACAGCACAUUACAAGACAUUAAGCUGCCUCAGAGGGCUGGAGGAUAUUGGUAUAAGGAUUCAAAGAAGGCUAACACUAGAAAUCGUUUUAUAUACUGGCAAACUACAUCAGACGCUAUUGAACUAUCAGAAGCCUCGCUAGAUGUGAACCUAACUAGCAGUAACCUACGAUGCAAAGUGGCUCCUGGAACCCCGCCCCUCAGCGGGAUGUCUGUUUAUGAAAGGACAGCAUCCCAGGACAUUGUUAUCUUAGCUGCUACCGUAUCAUCAGUCCAUAGACUUAUAUUUCCACAUCCUGAGAGUAUUGAUAAAAAGUCCACCUUUGGUUCUAUGAGCAGCUCUACACCUUCAAUAUUCCAUGACACGGGCGCCAUCAAUAAUCCUAAUAAUUAUCACAUUCUUAAUCAGUAUUCAAAUCCAACGACUGGAGUGGCACACACUUGCGCAUCCCUCCUCCUUGAUAAUGGUGAAGCGGUAUUUGCUCUCGCAUUUGGCUAUGGCGGGGAGGGCGGCUUGUUACUGGUCAAGCUGCCUGUGGCUGGUUCCGCUGUUACUACAUUACUGAAGAGAGAGUCUACAGUUCCAAGAUUUUUGUCCGGCAUUACUGGAGCACUUAGAGGAAAAAAUGUAGACAGCAUAGAAACAUACGGCGUAGUGCUCACCCACGGGCUGGCCAUAGCGAUAUGCGGCGACGCGUGCCUCCGCGCGUGGGCCGUCAACGACGGCGGCGCGCCUUGCGUCGUCACCCCGCCGCUCUCGCAGACCGUCGUGCGGCCCAAACCGCCCCCACACGGCCACAUGCUACAAAAGACAACCGGGCCAAACGGAGACGUGACACUGGUGGCUUAUCUCUCGUUCCCCAACGAAUGCGAAUUCGUCGUCAUGAAGAUGCUAGACGCCGGCGCGGGCGCCGUCAAGUUCUCACACGUUUGUCGCAUUUUUGGACCGCAGUUGGAUCUUCUGGAUUAUACAAUAGGCUGCGGAGAUGGCAGUGAUGUCAUUUGGGCCCUUUGGAGUCAACCUGAUGGAGAAACUAUCAUAACAAGUAGCACCCUGAGCGCGGAGGUGUCGUGGCGCAUGGUGGCGCCGCGGGAGGCGCCGCCGCCGCUGCCCGCGCUGUCCUCGCACCAGCAGUACCGCGAGCGGCUCCUCACGCCGGGCCUCUUCCCACCGCAGGUCGUCAGAAAGGCUCUGGCCAUCUACCGGCGGACGUGGGGCAGCAGCGAGUCAGCGAGCGAGGGUGACCUGAGCGAGUCCGCCAUGAGCGCGGUGCAGGCGCGCCUGCGGCACCUCACCGCCCGCGCCGCCUCGCCCGACCACUCGCAUUUGAUGCACAAAUGCUGGUCGGAUUUGUAUAGCUGGUGCAUGCAGUACAUGGAGGGUCUACAAAAGCCUUUGGGAUUAAUGGUUGCGAAAUCGAGCUGUGACGUGGACAACGGAUGGUGGUGCGGCGUAGUCGGGCGUGCGGGCAUCUCUCUCGUGCGCGAACUGGAGCCGCUCGAGCGUAUGAUGUUGUCGCCAGAUGUCGCCGCGCUAGACUCGGGAAUGGGUGGUGCCGGUGAGCUGUCGACGGACGCGGUGCGCGUGGUGGCGGCGGGCGCGCUGUGGGAGCGCGCGGCGACGGCGGGCGGCGCGGCGGAGCUGGAGCGGCGGCUGUUCGCGUGCGCCGCGCCGCAGCACCGCCUGCUGCCGCGCCUGCUGCACCUGCUGCUCGCGCCGCCCGACCACGCCGACACAGACUCCGCCCUGCCGACAUUAGCACCGAGUCAAAUAGACGAGCUGGAAGCAGUCCUGGAACCCAUCAAAGACUUACAGAAUGCCGUCUUGGAGCUAAACGACGCGCUGAGGCUAGAUGUACCCGACAUAGAUACAUCAAAAUGCGAAGACGAAGACCAAAGUGAAUACGACAGUUUAUUUGCCAGCGACCUUGGCGUUUCAAUCGUAACAGAAUCCAUACGUCAGAUGGCAGAAAUGAGGUUACGAGUGGUUCGCGGCGCGCUGGUGGCGCUGGGCGUGGUGCGCGGCGCGGGCGGCGUGCCCGGCGCCGGGCACUGCGCCGUGCACUGGCAGGCCUACCGCGCGCUGCUGUGGCUGCGCGCCGCUACCUUACAGCGAGUGGGCGCGGGAUCGCUGGAGCUGUUCCGGCUGAAGCUGGGCGCGCUGGGCGGCGCCGGGGCGGCGGGGGUGGCGGGAGGGGGUGCGGGCGGCGCGGCGGCGGGCUACGCGGCGGGCGCGGGCGGCGCGCAAGCCCGCCGCCACCUCGCGCACGCGCGCGCCAGCACGCACUGGCACCAGGCGCUGCCGCUGCUCACCUACCAUCUGGCGCAUCAGCUUUGGGCAGUAAGUGGAGGCUUCGAAUUCGGCUGGUGGCUGGCUUCCAUCAACCAGCCGCGUUUGGUACAAAGCUAUGUCUCGAUGCUCGAGCCGUGGUGCGAGUGGAACGCUUGCUCACGCCAGUUCAUCCUCGGCCUGUCACUCCUGGAUUUAUCGGACGCGGAAGGCGCAUACACGGCCUUCUGCAAAGCGGCGAAGGGAGUCAGCACGGAGCCGUUCCUGCGGCAGCUGGUCGCGGCGCCCGACGCGCGCCUCACGCAGCACCAGGCGCUAGUGCUCUAUUAUAUGAAGGUGAUAAAGUUGUUCGAGAUCCACGACGCAGGCGCUUGUGUCGUGCGUCUAGCGGAAACCGCCAUCAGCAUCGCCGACAAGAACGACCCUAAUUUGCCAAUGUUCCAGUGGGUGGUGUUCAAGUGGCACCUGGCAGGAGGACGCGUGGAGCGCGCGCUCAGCGCCGCGGCCGCCAACCCCGCGCCGCACGCGCGCGCCGCCGCCGCCGCCACGCUGCUUACUACGCUGGCAUCCCGAAAACAACUAAGCGCCCUGGUAUCAUGCGGCGCGCUAGCAGCAGAGGCGGAGCGCGCGGCGGCGGCGCGUGCCAAACUACACGACGCGCACGGCGACAACCCGUACUACGACUUCUUAUACGCCCUGCACAUAUCUAGGCAUCAUUAUAGAAAAGCGGCGUCAAUAAUGUAUGAGCGCGCGGCCCGGUGUGCCGCGGAGCGCUCGGAGGCGGCGGACGGCGGGCGCGCGCGCUGGUUAGCAGCCGCUCUCACGUGUCUACGGCUCGCCAAGCCCGAGCACGCCUUCCUGGCGCGCCCCGCGCCGCGCGCGCUGCAGGUGAUCGGACCUGACGAGCUAGCAGCAGAACUCCGUGAAGAAGUUCCGGACUCCCUCGAUCCCGUACAGCAGGCGUUGCUUGGAGGCGGAAACAUCGAUUUCGACGGGCUAUACCAACACCUGAAAGACGCGAGUGCCGAAACUCUUUUAAGCGUCACCAAGCGCGCUAUCAGUACUGACCAAUUCCUGCCACGGUGGUUCCUACAAGCUUACAUGGAGCGCGACGGCGCCGGCUGUGUCCGCGCGUUGCUGAGCGGCGGGCGCGCGCUGGAGGCGGGGCGCGCGGGCCUCGGCGUGCUGCGCGCCGCGCUGCGGGGGCUGGCCGCGCACCAGCCGCCGCGCGCCGCGCCGCUCGCCGCCCUCGACGCGCUGCGCGCCGAGCUGCAGCCGCACGCCAGGCGGGACCCGCACUCGGAGUACAUGUACGACGAGUUGAACGACUUGGUAAAGGAGUACACAGACACACUAGUGAGGACAUCGGAAGAUAUGAAACUGGCGCAUCUCAACUAUUCCACUGUUAACUAGAUCUAAGUAAACCAUUCAUAAUAUAAAUAAAACGCGUAAAUUUCAGAA